UUAGGUACUCGGUCAGAAUCUCGGAGCUCAGGAGGAAUCCUCUGUCCCGGUCACCAUGGUCACCAUCCGGCCCCCGCACUCCAUUUCCGCAUUUAGGUUUACGUCUAAACGCGCGUGCGCAAUAGAACUUGAUCGGUGCUUCUUAGUUUGGAAAUAAUGGCCGCGCUCCACAAACGUCGGCGUGAGCCUGGCAGCAGACACCUGUCAGGUGGAGGGGCAGCCUCCAAAACAGAAAAGGAAACAGUCGGCGACACCUCUACUGUGUUCGUGAAGUUGUUAGCGGCGGGGUUUUACGGCGUCAGCUCCUUUCUCAUCGUGGUGGUCAACAAAAGCGUCCUCACCAGCUACAGAUUCCCAUCGUCGACAUGUGUUGGUAUCGGCCAAAUGCUGGCUACUAUAGUAGUCCUGAGGACUGGGAAGCUGUUGGGGGUUAUUUCCUUUCCAGACAUGGAUCUGAGUAUACCACGCAAGAUGUUCCCGCUGCCUCUGUUGUACGUCGGGAAUCAAAUAUCGGGAUUGUUUGGGACGCAGCGACUCAAUCUGCCCAUGUUUACAGUCCUGAGGAGGUUCAGCAUUCUCCUCACCAUGGUGUUUGAGGGGCUGUUGCUGAAAAAGACUUUCUCAGCGUCCAUUAAGAUGACAGUGUUUACCAUGAUCCUCGGUGCUUUCAUUGCUGCCAGCGCUGACCUAGCCUUCGACCUCGAAGGAUACAUAUUCAUAAUGCUGAACAAUGUUCUGACGGCAGCCAGUGGUGCGUACGCGAAGCAGAAACUUGACUCCAAGGAACUGGGCAAAUAUGGGCUACUUUAUUACAACGCUCUGAUCAUGAUUUUCCCCACUGUGGCGUACGCUUACUACUCAGGGGACCUGCACGCGGGGCUGGAGUAUGACGGCUGGUCUGACCACCUGUUUGUUGUACAGUUCGUCCUCUCCUGUGUGAUGGGCUUUGUGUUAAUGUACUCCAUCCUGCUGUGCACACAGUGCAACUCAGCACUCACCACCUCCAUCGUAGGCUGCAUUAAGAAUAUCCUCGUGACGUACAUUGGGAUGGUGUUUGGUGGAGACUACAUAUUCACCUGGACUAACUUCGUCGGCCUGAACAUCAGCAUCGCCGGGAGCCUGGUGUACUCCUACAUCACCUUCACCCAGGAGCACACGAGUAAGAACAGCUGAAUAACCUGAGUCCAGACCGCGAGCAUGGUGCCAUUUUAAACGGUUUUAAUGUUUUCCUCAAAUCUAACAGAAAAGCCGUAAAUCGGGGAGCCCCUCUGCGACACUGAAGAUCCAGCUGUUGGGGGUUUUACAAAAAGAACAUUUUCUUUAUUGUGAAGCUUUUCUAUGAUUUAUUUAAAGUUAUUAUAUGAGGCAAUAUUAUUAACUUUUAUAUCAAUUUUUUUUAUAAUUCUAUUCCACUGAUGAUAUUUUUAUAUACAAUCAAUGAAAUUAACAUAGAAAUGUUUGACUGUUUUAAUAAAAAUGACCCAUAAAUCAAAGUACAUGUUGUUUCAUUAAAAUAAACUCCCCGAUGAGCCAAAAUAUAAUGACCACCUGCCUAAAAUUAUGUUACCGUUCAUUUUGACAAAAUUGCCCUGACGGGUUGAGGCUUGGACUCCAGUAGGUCAGUCUUUGCUGCCAGCAUGGCAACCAUUAAUAGUUAAUAAUAAUAGUUACCAUUUCACCUGGAGGUGGUCACAAUGUUAUGGCUGAUCUGUGUAGUAUCUUAUAUAUUCAGUGUGAAGUGUUACUUUUUCUAUUCGAUUUUCCGACUCACAACAAGACAACUUAAAAUCAUUAAUACAUUUAUUAAAUAUAGCGCAUGUUAUUCCAUUGAUAGCCAGUCCUGGAACACACCUUUAUUCAUGUCAUCAUUUACAGAGAAAAAACAAACACUGUCCAAAAUUAAAAAAAAAAAAAAAAAAAAAAUAGAAAGAAAAAAAAAGA